GGAGCAGAACGUUUAAAGAUGGCGGCCGUGGCAACGAGAAGGCGGUUUCCCUGAGAGGGGGCGGGAGGGAAGGGAAAUAAAAGAAGCUCCCGCGACGGAGGAGGAGGAGGAGAAGAAGAAAAAGGAAAAGAAAACAAAGAUAACGACGCCGGCGCGGCCCCUUCCUCCUACCCCGGCUGGUUUCUCCCCCCUCACUUUGGCUUUGGAGGUGGGGCGAGGAGAAAGCACAACCGCGAGCCCUCGAGCGAGGAGCGGCAGGGACUACUCCGGGCAUGGCCCAGGUUGAAAGAAGAAAAGGACACCUGCAUGCGGCCAGUGAAGAUGCUCUUUACUUCGACAUCAGCUAUUUAAGCUGAAUGCAUUGUGAUUUCCAGUAAUUGAGACAGUGGUUCUGAAAGCUGUCUACAUUAAUGAAAAGAACAAUGUAGUCAGCUUAAUUGAAUCAUCAGUGUUGCAUAUUGAAUAGAGCAUGACAAAUCCGAUCUUGAUGGACUUCUUCAUGUUAGGAGUAUAGAUCAAUAUACCUUUUAUUUAAAGCCUUGUUUUUUUGUAAGUUUUAAUUAUGGAGAAUUAUGAAAAUGCACCUCCCCUUCCAAAAGAGCCAGCAACAGAAGCGAAUGUGGAGAACCAUUCUUGUCCCCCACCACUGCCGCCUAAUGAACAGCCUCCACCACCUCCCCUGCAAACGUCCAGUGACGCAGAGGUAAUGGACGUUGGCUCUGGUGGUGAUGGACAGUCAGAUACCCCUGCUGGGGACGCACACACUGUCGGCAGAAUACAACUUCUCACAAAGGGAUCGUCAUGCUACAAAAGUCGUCUUAUCGUAGAUCCUAAUAGUGACCAAAGCCCAAGAACUGCUCGUCAUGCGCCGUCAGUUAGAAAGUUCGUCCCUGAUCUUAAGUUGCUUAAAGAUGUAAAGAUUAGUGUUAGCUUUACAGAGAGCUGCAAAAGUAAAGACAGAAAAGUUCUGUACACUGGAGCUGAGCAUGGUUAUGAGGCAGAUACAGAUUUAGGUAUUAAUAAUGUUAAUGGGGGUAUGCAUGCUUGUCCUCUGGGUGGGGGUAGUAAUGGUCAAGCUACACGAGUAGCUGGUGAAAAUGAUGACAAAAAGGAGGAUGAAAAUGAUGUAGAUCAGGAAAAGCGAGUUGAGUAUGCAGUUCUGGAUGAUUUAGAAGAUUUUACAGAAAAUUUGAUGGAAAUAGAUGAAGAAGGAGGGUUUACGUCUAAAGCAAUCGUUCAGAGAGACAAAGUGGAUGAAGAAACCUUAAGCUAUUCUUAUGAGGAUGAAUUUGAUAAUGAUGUGGAUGCUUUGCUGGAAGAAGGCCUUUCUGUUCCUAAGAAAAGGAGAAUUGAUGAGAAAUAUGCAGGGGAGAGUGACCAUCAAUCUGAUGGAGAGACAACUGUGCAGCCAAUGAUGACCAAAAUAAAAACAGUUCUUAAAAGUCGUGGCCGUCCACCUACAGAGCCCUUGCCUGAUGGAUGGAUCAUGACAUUCCAUAACUCUGGCAUUCCUGUAUAUCUGCACCGAGAAUCCAGAGUUGUCACCUGGUCCAGACCUUACUUCUUAGGAACAGGAAGCAUAAGGAAACAUGAUCCCCCGUUGAGUAGCAUUCCAUGUUUGCAUUAUAAGAAAAUGAAGGAAAAUGAGGAAAGGGAACAAAAUAAUGACAUCACCCCAAAUGGGGAAGUAUCGCCUAUAAAACUCAUGGAUAAGUCUUUAGAAUUUGACUGCCAAACAGAGGAGCCGGACUCCACUGCUGCUGAUUCUGGGACUUUAGAUGAGAAAGACCCACCCGGGGGAGAUGCAGCACAAGGAGCCUUAGGUCAAGUUAAGGCCAAGGUUGAGGUGUGCAAAGAUGAAUCAGUAGAUCUUGAAGAUUUUAGACACUAUCUUGAAAAGCGUUUUGAUUUUGAACAAGUAACUGUAAAGAAAUUCAGAACCUGGGCAGAGAGACGACAGUUCAAUCGUGAGAUGAAGAGGAAACAAGCAGAAUCUGAGCGACCCAUUUUACCAGCCAAUCAAAAACUUAUUACUUUGUCUGUGCAAGAUGCACCCACAAAAAAAGAGUUUGUUAUUAAUCCCAAUGGGAAGUCUGAAGUUUGCAUCCUUCAUGAAUAUAUGCAACGAGUCCUAAAGGUUCGACCUGUUUACAAUUUCUUUGAAUGUGAGAACCCAAGUGAGCCUUUUGGAGCCUCGGUUAUUAUUGAUGGAGUGACUUAUGGGGCAGGUACAGCAAGCAGCAAGAAACUUGCAAAGAAUAAAGCUGCCCGAGCUACACUGGAAAUCCUCAUUCCUGAUUUUGUUAAACAGACCUCUGAGGAAAAGCCCAAAGAUAGUGAGGAACUAGAGUAUUUUAACCAUAUCAGUAUUGAGGACUCACGGGUAUACGAACUGACCAGUAAAGCUGGACUAUUGUCUCCAUAUCAAAUCCUUCAUGAGUGCCUUAAAAGAAACCAUGGAAUGGGUGACACAUCCAUCAAGUUUGAAGUGAUUCCUGGUAAAAAUCAGAAGAGUGAAUAUGUCAUGACAUGUGGGAAGCACACCGUGCGUGGCUGGUGCAAAAACAAGAGAGUUGGGAAACAGUUGGCAUCUCAGAAAAUCCUUCAGCUGCUUCAUCCGCAUGUGAAAAACUGGGGGUCCUUAUUGCGCAUGUAUGGGAGAGAGAGCAGUAAGAUGGUUAAGCAGGAGACGUCUGAUAAAAGUGUGAUAGAGCUUCAGCAGUAUGCCAAAAAGAACAAGCCAAAUCUGCACAUCCUGAACAAGUUACAGGAAGAAAUGAAGAAGUUGGCACAAGAAAGGGAGGAAACUCGAAAGAAACCCAAGAUGACAAUUGUCGAAUCUGCUCAACCUGGCAGCGAGCCUCUGUGUACUGUUGAUGUGUGAUCAGAAAGAAUAAUUGGGGAGCAAUAAAACAUGUGAAGAAAGCUAAUCCCCCCCAAUUUAAUUAAUAAUUGGUUUGCUUCAGAAUGCAAAAUAAUGUAACAAUCCAAGCUGCUUCAAAUAUGCAUUGUUCUUUUGCAUAAUCAGGGCAAUAGUACUGAACUUUUGAGGGGUUUUUUUAAAACCUCUGAGAUAUACAUUUAUACAAGACAGCAAAAAUCUGUGUGGGUCAAUGUAUAGAAGUGGGCAGAAAAGCAUGUUCACACAGGAUAAGCUGAAGCAAGCACUCCCCCACCCCUUUUGAAACUAUUAUGCUGUCUUUGAAUGGAUAUGUUUAAGGAUUAAUCACGAAUGUCUAUGUAAAGAGUGGAGUGAAUGUAUAAUAUAGGAAUACAGCUGUACACACUCUCGUAUGAACAUGCUGACAACUGUUUUCUCAAAAAGAGCUUUGUUGCAUUUCAGCACAAAAUAAUAUGCACUGAUAAGACACUUUUGACAACUACAUUAAAGAAAAGUGGAAAGCAAUGUUCCUUAAUGCCAUUAAGAUUAGGCCAGUGCUGCUUGUUUUUGAAUUUUGGCAGGCAUAAUUUUUUUAAUAUCCUGGUACAGUGGUCUUUAGACAGUAAGAAUGGCACCUGCAGUGUUGAGCACCAGUGUGUCUCUGUUUUCAAAAUUGCUGGCUAUAUUUACUUAAAAUGUUUAAGAGAAAAAAAAGAAGAUAGGGAAACAUAGGAAAAACCAUAAUAGUUUACAUAAAAGACAACUGGAAAGGAGUAUAUAGCUUCUAAUUAUUUUUACCAUAAUUAAUUACAGGUGAUUGGGAGAGGAUGACUAAGCACCAGUGCUCUGCAGCCUGUUCUUAUUCUGGUCUAGAGAGAGUCCUCCACAAUUAAUUAGAAUGAACUAUGAGAGUGAGCAGUGAUGGUGCUUGGUAAUUUGCAUUUCCUUCUAUUUUUAAGACCCCACUUGAAAACAGUUUGAAAAUAUGCUGACUUCUAACAAUUAAAAUAGAGAUUUAAUUGCAUCUCCCUUUAUGGUAUAUAUAUUUUUAUUUAAUGCAGCUAGAUCUAAUUGAUACUUCAAUCUCAUGCACCCUAUUACCUUUAAACAAACAUGAAAAACCCUUUCCUUUGUGGAUUGACUAAUGGCAGUCAUGAAAAUCACUGGAAGCAUUCUUCACUGGAAGAGUUUUAACAUUUUCAAAAAAAGUUGUCACUGGCUUUGUUUUAUUAAAUGUUUAGCAUUUGCAGAGUAGUUUCUGCAUGGAAACUAUUAGAAUGUAAAUCGGGGUACAUCAGAGGACUUUAAUAAGAUCUUCUGCAUAAGUUGUAUUGAGUUGAAAUAAAGAAUAUGAAUAUGCAAGUUGUUGUCUUUAUAUAGUUUCUUAAGCUGUCAAUAUCUGCUACAAGAUACUGAAUAGUCAACACAUGGCCCUAAAAAAAACACAGUGUGGUCCAGAAAUACUUCUACACUUAAGAUUUACACUCCAGAAAUACUACAGUUCAGGCCCUUUGCUAAGGUAUCUCCAAGUACUGUGUAUGUUACAGUGGAUAUCUGUUAAGUUAUACUCCUUUUUAGAUGUCUGCUGCAACAGUCACAAGAAAAUAAUGCAGCAGGAGACAAUUAAAUGGAAGUGGUAGUGGUUUGUUCCAAGACCUUUUAGGAGGAAGUAGGCCCAGGGUCCCACCUCACACUUGAGAUGGGUUGUACAGGUUCCAUGAAACGGCAUUCUAGAGUGCCAGAAAUUGAGUUGCCUGACCCAGUUAUAUGUCAAGUUUCAUUGCUUCCCACUCGGAAUGCAAAUUUUCUACAGUUCUUAGUGCCAUACAUUCGUUGCACAACUCAGUUUGACAUUGGGUAUACAUAGAUUUGCCAGGUGGUAACUUAAUUGGGUGGUCUAGUACUAUAUGCUAACUCAUCCGCAGUGUUCCACCAAAGCUACCUUUCUGAUCCUAAUCCAAUUCUCUUGCAAAAUGCUUAAAUGCUCCCUGCGUUGUACAUUACCGCUUGGCACAGCCAUUUUGAUUCACCCAGUUUCUUGCCACCUGUUACCAAGAGCAGGCAGCCUGUGAUGCAUAAAUUGGUAAUACUGAAAACCUCUUGAUGAAAUGUUAUUGGACAUCUGUGUGCCCCAGCUGAUAGGGUUUUGUCUUAAGAACCAGAGGAAGCAGACUACUUGAAAGCUCCCAGCUGGAAGCCUCUUAUUGUAGUAUGUUAUGCUUACCCUUGGUAAUUUUGGCAGUAGUGAGCCCAUGCUAACAUUGAGAUAUAGCCUUUAUUCAAGCUUAAGUGUUUUCAUUCAUGUUUUUAUGCAAAGAAUCCUUGUGUUCUCUACAGAAUGAAUUUAUUUUGGAACUUUAUUCAGCACAUCUGAAAAUGGUCGCAAUUUGUUUAAUGAGUAGGACAUAGUUCUAAAUGCACUGCCUCUGUUCCUGCAGAAAAUCUAGCUUUAGUCUUCAUCUUUGUCCAUCACUGAUGUAGUACUUUAAAAAGUUGUUAAAAGUCAAAUAGGCUUUCUUCUAUGCCUUUUAAAGUAGGUGUUUACAUCUGUGCAUUCCUUGCUUUUUUUAAAAAAGAGCCUACUUCUGACUGCACUUUUUCAACAAAUUUCUGCAUAUAUAUUUUCCAAAAUCAGAAUGUUUUGCAGGGUACCUGCAGCAUAUAUAUCCAUAGAUGCCUCAUUCUUUUAAGUGUUUGCCACGCUGGCCAUCUUGCUUUAGUCUUACCUCAGUCUGCCAAGAUUUGAAUUCUGCAAAAGGUGACCACUGCCCUUAAACAUCCAGAUGUGUCAUUGUGAACCAAAGGCUAGUACAAAUUAUGCAUUUUUCUUUAAAAAAAGUAUUUGAUGUGCUGUAGCCUCUUCGGCAAAAUGUUCAGGCAAAGCGCAAUAACUGCUGGAACAAACAAUGUAACUACUGUUGUCACUGUGAAGUAUUGUAUUUCUGAUGUUUACUAUUUUGUUUGAAGUGUAACAGUCUUGCAUUUGCACAUGAGCAUAAGCUGCUAUGAUAAGAGGGUAAAUCAUUACAUUAAUUUCAGCUUCUGCAUGAGUACUUAUGCAGCGUGAUUUGACACCCAAAAUUGUUUUGUAACUUGUGUGUUGAUUUUUUUCUAGUUAGUCAACUGUAAUGGUUUCAGUCCUAACAAUGCCUAAAGCAAAAACUGUUUCAAGCCCUCUUUUUCUCUCAGUAAAUCAAUAUCAUUGUGGAUGGUCUUCACUAAUAGCUGUUCCAUCCUCUAGGGAUAGCUUUUGCUUUCCAUAUUACAUAUUAAUAUGUGCUUCUUCACAGAUGUGAUUAUUAUUUUUUGAAAGCUAAAAAUUGGUUCUUAUUUGAAUGUUUGAUACUGAGUGGAAAUUUACUAACAUAAGUGGGGGGAAAAUACUACCCAUUUAAAACCUCCAAUUAAGCUUUAUUAACUGUUUCAGCACUUGGCUUUCCAGCUGCUGGAAACAAGUAUCUAUCUAUGCUGUUCUAAUGGUUGUCACACUUAACAAAAGUAUCCUUUCUAGCCCUAGUCUGUAAUUCUUUGGUUCUGGUCAGAAAAUGGAAAUAGCUGUUGUAGAAAUGAUUCCAAAUUAAGUCAGCCAUUUGGAACAACUUGCAGUGAUCAAUUACAAUAUUGUAUUUUAAAAGUUAAUGUGACCAACUCAAUGUUAUUGGGUGCUGUAUGGAUUGUAUGUUGAGUGCAGUUUUCUCAAUGCCGGUGGUCAGUUGGUACAACUAUGAAGCCUCUAUUGUUGAGCCUGUGUGUUAGGUCUUUUAAGUACUUGUUUCCCCCACAAACAUUAGUUUUGAGCAAUAAAGUUUGAUAUUGCAUAAGA